CAGAUCCAUAUCGAUGCCGGUGAUUUCUGAGCUGCUCAAUCCUUUCUAGACGUAGCUUCGGUUUCCCAUUUUGCUUAAAGAUGAACUUCCAAGAACGAUGUACACUUGCGGCCUUGCUGUUGGUUUUACCUGGCUUUUGUGUCUUGGAGGAUAUAAGACAUUUAAUAUGGGAGCAAUGCACAGAUGAUCUUUUUGAGCCAGAAGUAAAUGGAAUGGUUCUGCGCAACCAUUCGUUCCGCUUGCUUAAAGCAGAAUUGCCGAUUCUUUGUUUAUUUGUUUGUAAAUCGAACAAAGACUGUGUUUCGUUCAACAUUGCUCCUUCCAAUGAAACCGAAGGAUGGUUUUCUUGUGAGCUUAAUCAGGCCGACAGAUAUAGUUCCCCACAAGAUUUCCAAGAAAGAAAAGGAUUCUCGUACAGAGGGAUAAAGAAUCCAUGUUUGAAUAAUGGUCUUUGCGAAGGAAACAAGACUUGUACACGACUAGGGUACGACCUAACGAAGUACACUUGUCUCUGCCCAAAUGGAUAUUUUGGCCAGAACUGUGAAAAGGAUAUUGAUGAAUGUGCUAGCAGUAAUCUGCAUAAUUGCACACUUGAAAACCCAGGUGUCAAGUGUAAUAAUACCCCUGGGUCUUUCAAGUGCAUUUGUGCAGAAGGAUACGUCGGUGAUGGAAUCAAUUGUGCAAAAAAGGUGUCAUGGAUCAAAAUAAACAUAGAUCCUGUGUGCGUUGGAGUAAAAAACGACGAAUAUGGGACGGUUAUUGUUCCCUUUGAUGUAAAAGUGAAACAGUUCAAGCUCGUUCAUCUCUCGGGGGGAGUUUCCCCGUUUAGCCAAAAAACGGUCCAAAACUGGGGAGAUAGUACAUAUUAUCCGCCUUAUCUUUAUUUUGUAAUUACUGACGAGAAUAAUGAUCUAAUUGCACCUUAUCCUGGCUAUCCCAGAUAUUACAAAUAUUAUUUCACCAUUGACAACAUAACUGUGUCUAGUCCCGAAUUGAUGUUUCCUAUUUCUGAUCCUCCUUUGCCACUAAAGAAGGAUGAUAAACUCAGGGUCUGGUUUACUAGAGAUCUGCACAAUCGGGGCGAACGUAGCAGUUACGGUAAAACAUGCUGUCAUUUGUAUAUUUACUAUGUGUAAGAAUACGGGCUUAGGAAUGAUGAAAGACUAUAAUUAACCAAUUUAUUGCCUUUCGCAGGGUUUGUCCCAUAGAGCAAAAACCCGAGGGCGGAUAUUUAACAAUUACUGUGAAUGUCUUUAAAUAUUCCAAGAUAAUAGACCAAAAUUUGUAGGUUACCGUAUUGGUAUAGUGCAGUUUUCGUAUGACUGUGAAAAAUUCACGGCACGAACACGGCCAUGACACGG